AUGAUGGACAUGAAGAUGGCCCAUGGCACGCCCUGGCUCGAUCAGCCGGUGAUGCUUCAUUCGUCUCGCGCCGACAAAUGCAAACUGACCGAAGCUCAAUGUCUCUAUCGCAAAUCUCAUUGGCGAUACUGGUACCAAGCCGACCAUGUUUACGCAUUGAAUACCGUCUACUUCAUGUGCGCGGUGAUUGGAGUGUUCGCGAUCUCGAACUUGCUCGUACGAUUCGCUCCAGAUAGAGUGAGACGGACCAGACCAUGGCCGAUGACACUUGGCCCGCAACCUUACUACUGGCCGACAGAUGCUUCUUAUGGAAGUAGUCCUCCAAUUGCGACUCGAUCGGGCUGGAUGGCUCUUGCGCUGCUUCCAUUUGUACUGGCACUGAGCACAAAAGCCAACAUGAUCUCUGGUGUGACUGGGAUUCCGCAUGAGAAACUUCAAGUAUUCCAUCACUGGACUAGCUAUGCGAUGUUUGUGUUGGCCUUGAUUCAUACAUUUCCCUUCAUUGUAUAUCACAUCUGGAAGGGGGAUAUGAUGCAGAAGUGGAAGACAAGUGUCGUCUACUGGACGGGGGUCGCUGCUCUCCUCUCACAGACAUAUCUAACCCUUAUGUCUUUACCAUGCAUUCGCAAUCGUUUCUACGAAUUUUUCAAAGCCACUCACAUCUUCAUGGCGGUAGUGUUUAUCGUGUUUUUAUUCCUUCACUGCGACUUCCGGCUCUCUUCUUGGGACUACUUCAUAGCCUCGGGCGUAAUCUACUUCUUAAGCCUGAUAGCUAGCCACGUCCGUACCUAUUUAAUGCACGGUAUCCACAACGCAACUCUCGAACUCCUUCCUGGUGGUCUUGUCCGCGUUGCGGUCCCAUCAAUCAUUAAAUGGACCCCAGGCCAGCACAUCUUCGUGCGCUUCCUCACAACAGACCUACACCUACUCACUGCCCAUCCCUUCACCAUCUCCUCCGCAUGUCGCAAUCCAGACGAAAUUGGCAAAGCCUCGGAAUUAGUAUUCUACAUCAAGCCACGUGGCGGCGUUACCGGUCGCCUCAGAGCAAUGGCAGCCAAGAAUCCAGGCUGCACGAAGAAGAUCCUGAUAGAGGGACCGUAUGGCGGCAUCAGUGCACCGCACAUGGCGCAAUUCGACACGAUCCUGGUGAUAGCUGGCGGUUCAGGAGGCGGAUUCUCACUUGCCAUGGUAGACGAAGCUCUCCGGCUGACGGGCAUGAACGCAUCGGCAAGUGAAAUACGAGCACCCUCCUGGCAGAACCUCCAGGUUGUCUUCUCGACACGCGAUCACGCCAUGGCAGAUUGGUACAUCGAAGAGAUCGAAUCACGGCUCUCUGAAUCGACCAUGUUAUCUGCAAACUCCAAAAACCGUUUAGAGACUGCGGUGUCUGUGCAUGUCACUGACCAGAUAGAAUCGGGGACUUCCUCGGCUUCGGAAUCUGGUGAUGUUAAGUGCACGGCUGACAAGGUGCGGCCGGCUGAGAUUAGUACCACAGGUAGUUUCAGUUUGAAUGUUCACCGCAAUGCUCGGCCCGAUAUUUUUGGACUGGUUGCGCGCACUGUUGCCAUGGCACAUGUUCAAGGAACGCACCUUCGGAAGAAGCAGCGGGUUGGGGUUUUGGUUUGUGGUCCAGCUUCUAUGCUGCAUGACACUCGGAAUGCGGCAGCUUUGGCACAGACCAGAGUGUUUGGGGGUGAGGUGGAGGAGCUGUAUCUGCAUUCCGAGUCUUUUGUGUAA